GUACUUUCACUUUUCCUUUUGAAAGCAGACUCGAAAAGCAGCGAGCAGCCGGUGUAAAUACAUCCAGAUACGAUUUGUAGCUGUGUGUAUAAAGUAAAGAAUGAGUUACGACAGGGCCAUUACUGUGUUCUCCCCAGAUGGACACCUGUUCCAGGUGGAAUAUGCUCAGGAGGCUGUGAAGAAGGGUUCGACUGCAGUCGGGGUGAGAGGCAAGAACAUCGUCGUGCUCGGUGUUGAGAAGAAAUCAGCCGCCAUGCUUCAGGAUGACAGGACGGUGCGGAAAAUCUGCGCUCUCGAUGAAAACGUUUUCCUGGCGUUCGCCGGUCUAACUGCAGACGCAAGGAUCUUGAUUAACCGAGCACGAGUGGAGUGCCAAAGCCACAGACUGACCGUCGAGGAUCCAGUCACUGUGGAGUACAUCACUCGCUUCAUCUGCAACAUGAAACAGCGCUACACUCAAAGUAACGGGCGAAGGCCUUUCGGGAUUUCCUCCCUCAUCAUGGGCUUUGAUUUUGAUGGUACACCCAAUCUGUACCAGACUGACCCUUCUGGAACAUACCAUGCCUGGAAGGCAAACACCAUUGGAAGAUCAGCAAAAACGGUUCGUGAAUUUCUGGAGAAGAACUACAAAGAGGACGACAUGGAGUCGGACGAGCUGGUCAUAAAACUGGCCGUCAGAGCUCUUCUUGAGGUGGUGCAAUCCGGAGGAAAAAACAUCGAACUGGCCACAAUGAAGCAUGGUGAAACCAUGAAGAUUUUGGAGCCAGAAGAGGUGGAGAAGAUUGUAGCAGCACUGGAGAAGGAAAAGGAAGAAGCAGAGAAGAAAAAGAAGGCAGCGACUGCAGCAACCUCCUGAACAAACUGGGAUCCAGCAGCAAACAAGUUUUAGGCAAUAAAUGAAGGCACUAAAGGUCUGGGUUUAUCAGCCAUUUUCCAUUUUAUUAAUAAUGGAUCUCUUUUGUACAAAGUCCCCAAUUAAUUCAUAUGCAACAAAAUAAAGGAAACAAACCAAAAACAGCCUCUUAAAUCAAUGUUUGGGGAACAAAUGCCAAAGGCUGACAUGGAUAACCAUAAACAGACAUUUUGCAAUUCCAAUAUUUCAAUCAUAAAGCGUAAAUAAAAGUGCUUUACUCAGACA